CAGCGCAACGCUACCAUGGCGGCCAGCGACGUUCAAUCACUGAGGCAAACGGCGGGAUGAGGUUGGAAUCGAGGGCAGAUUGUCUGUGUGUUCGCCUUCUCGGACUCCAGUCCUUCGCGCGGCCCGGCACUCCCCGCCUCCCCUCCUUCCGUGCGAUUGCUGAGGCGCUGAGCGCGGCUGGAGAGCGUUUCUGCGUCCGCCUGUGCGACCAGGCUCGAUGGGGCAGUAAGGACACGGGCCGCGAGUGUGCCCCUGCCAAAUAGUGAGUCUCCACGGCCGCCUAGGCCAGGACGGGGUGUCACGCCUGCGCACUAGCUGACAAGCGGCACUUCCUGCUAAAUCGUGAACCACUCUACAGUGACUGAGAAUAAAGCUGUCUUCUCCUGCCGCCCAUCAACAUUUCUAUAAUUAAGAAAACUUUAGCUAAUGAGUUCCCCGCUCUCGUUUGCUCUUAAUGUGAAUACUGAUAAUCUGUGAUGACAAUACAUAAGGCUCGUGAUUUUCUGACAAACCUCAUCUUUGAAGAAAAAGUCGUGUCACUGUCUUGAGCUGUGAAGGGGAGGAAAACACAGGUGCUCAACUUUAAUGGAAGGUCCACGGGGCUCGCAGGAACAGCCUGUAAAAAAAAUACGCCAUGAUUUGGACACAACGGAUGAGCAAAGAUUAAGAUCUAGGGAGCUGCAGAACUUUAUGGGUCUGCCAAGUCAAACCAAUAGAAACGAUAAGCAAAAGUUUGAGGAUGGUAGUCAAGCUGUUAAUUUAACCGUGCUGAAUGAAGCAGAAGUUAAAAGUGAAGUGGUUCAAGGCAGUGAAUCUGAGGCUGCAACAGAAGACAGAUCUGCUGAUGCAUAUCCGGGCUCAGUUAUAACUUGCACGGGUUAUAAUCCACGGGUACCAAAUCAAGACAGUGCCGUGUUAUUUCCUACGAAGCCAUAUCCACACCUUUUCUCUCCACCAAUAGUGCAAGCUUCUUACAUAGGAGAGGCUCGGUACUCAGCAGUGCAGCAGUCAGCAUCUUACCCUGCGUAUUCCCAGUCAAGUCAGCCUUACGGACUACCUCCAUUUGAUGCAUUGUGGCCUGGUGUGAAGACAGAAGAUGGAUCACACAGUCACCCUGGAUACCUCAGUUACAGUACAGGAUUUAGCUCAGACCAAACCAGUCCAGCAUACUAUACAUACCCUGUUCAAGGUGCAGGAUUCCCAAGAACUAGUAUUUAUUCUGGUGGCACUGUUGUUGCCAAUGUAGCAACUCCCAGCAGUUCUAAUCAGGAGUAUCAUUCCUACACAUCGCUUGGGCAAAACCAAUAUGUGCCAUAUUUUCAGAGUUCAAAUUAUGCGUCGACCGUGACUUCAAACCCUCAACCUGCCAGCACCACAACUGUCACCUACCAACUGCAAAAAACAGAAGCAGCCGUUUCUAAUUCCAAAGAUGAGAAUUUUCAAUCGGGAGUUUCUGCUGCAGAGCAAACUCUGUCAACCACAGUAAUAAAGGAGCUUAAGGAACAAUCCCAAAAAAAUCCAAGCGGAAAGUCCCGGGGGAAAGGAAAGAAAAGUUGUUCAUCCCCACCACCUGAUAAUAAACUGGAGCGUGUAUUUGUUUGGGAUUUGGAUGAAACCAUUAUCGUCUUUCAUUCGUUGCUAACUGGGUCGUACGCACAAAGAUUUGGAAAGGAUCCUGCGUCAGCUUUGACCUUAGGGUUGCGGAUGGAGGAAAUGAUCUUCAAUCUUGCUGACACUCACUUAUUCUUCAAUGAUUUAGAGGAGUGUGACCAAGUUCAUGUGGAGGACGUUGCAGCUGAUGACAACGGACAAGAUUUAACGAACUAUGACUUUGCUGCUGAUGGUUUCCAUGGAUCGGUGCCUGGCUCGAGCCACUCCUCAGGAGCUAUUGGUCAGGGAGGUGUUGAUUGGAUGAGAAAGCUGGCCUUUCGAUAUCGACAAGUGAAGAAAAUUUACAACACUUACAGUACAAACGUUGAAGAACUCCUCAACCCAGCCAAGAGGGAUUCAUUACAACAAUUAAAAGCAGAUGUAGAAGCUUUGACAGACUCCUGGCUAGCAACUGCAUUGAAAUCAUUAACGUUAAUUCAAUCAAGAAAUUGCAUUAAUAUCCUGGUCACCACAACGCAACUGAUUCCAGCUCUGGCUAAAGUGUUGCUGUAUGGAUUAGGUGAGAUCUUCCCUAUUGAAAACAUCUACAGCGCCACGAAAAUAGGUAAAGAAAGCUGUUUUGAACGUAUUGUGUCCAGAUUUGGAAAGAAAGUUACAUACGUCGUCAUUGGAGAUGGUCGGGAUGAGGAGUACGCAGCAAAACAGCACAACAUGCCAUUUUGGAGAAUUUUGAAUCAUGGUGACCUGAUGUCAUUGCAUCAAGCUCUGGAACUGGACUAUCUGUGAACAACUGGAAAGGAACACAAAUCUGAACUACUGCUACAAAUGGCUUGCAUCUUGCUUCAGUGUGGACCACUAACUUUGGUGAUAACGUGUCUUGUCAACCCUGGACGAAACGUUGAGGACAUUGAGCAGCCCAGCUUCCUGAGUGAUCUGCUUAUUAAUGUUGGACAUUGACUUAAGAAUAGACAUGCACAGGUUGCAAGAGCUUUAUAGAGUGAAAUUACCACCUUUGUUUUUUUUUUAAAUCUUAAAUCUAUCCAAAUCUUUUGAAUUGGACCUUUAAAAUAAGACCAUAAUCUUGCGUUGAAUUUUAGUCAAGCCAGUGUCUGUUCCUUUUUAAAUGCACUGAAAUCUUUGCUGUUAUUAAUAAGGAGAGUUUGUGCAAGACAUUCUUUGGAAAUCUUGCUGUGUAAAUGUUCCUGAACGUCUUUUCUUCAGCAUUAUCCGAUCCAGCAGUGUUAUUAUAGGGAAACUGGCUGCAGAAAUGCAUUGGAGAUUUUUUUUUUGUGUGGAAAAUUUGAAUGAGCAGGGCUAUCUACAUUUAAAAAAAACCUUCAUUUUAGUUGGUGUCUUUUUAAUUCUAUUAGAGUUUUUAAUAAAUACCUUAUUUCUGAAUGCUCCCAUGCUGAUGCAGGGCACAGCAUGAAACAGUACCUCGAACUCAGCGGCCAAUCUUCCUUUUUUAACACUGCUCGGUGAUCUAGAGGACGGAGACGAGAGCCUCGGCUGAAACCAUAGAAAGGAGGAAAUGAUUCAGGUUGAGGACCUUUUAUCAAAACUGGAAAACGGAACUGACUUGAAGCAGGAAAUGUUUGGGUGGGGGGGGUGUGGUAGUGUUGGGGAAGAAGGUGUGUUGCGAAGAUGUGGAGGAAUAACGGAGGUGUGUGUUACGAAUGGAAUAGGAGGUGACAUGACAAAGGGGAGUAAUGGUACGAGAAAUAUGCUGAUUAAUGAUGCCUGUUCUUCUCCCGUUUCCCUCACAGCUUCAUUCUGUCCUCUUUAGUGUCAACAGAAUCACUAUAUUAGUGAUUUAUUUUUGCUGUUAGCAGCUCCGGUCAGAUUGUUCAGGCAUAUUUUUAUGAUAUUACAAGCAGACUUUGCUACUUUCCCUUUUUUUUUAGUCAAAUGUCACCUAGAAAAUACCUGACUUGAACAACGAUGCUGAUAAUAAAGUGUAUUAGUCCAUCCCUGAAUAAAUAAAGCAACACAAAAAAAUAUAGUUGGCUGGUCCCAAUGCUGUUUAUUUAAAGUUUUUAUUAACUUUCGAAUGAAAAUGGAAUGCUAAAUCAGUUUUCAUUCUCUUUGAUCAGUGUUUGCCUUGCAUUUCGAAGUUUGCACGGUUCAAAUUACAUUUAUUAUCAAAGAACGUAUAGAUUAUUCAGCCUUGAGAUUCGUCUGUGUACAGGCUGCCAUGAAGCAAGAAACCGGAAAAAGCCCAAUUUUAAAAAAAAGACCAACACUCAAUACACAGAGGAAGGGGGGAAUAAAACACGAAUUAUGCAAACAAUAAAAGCAAGCAACAGCCUUCCGAACCAAAUUGACUCCGUAGACACGGAGCCUGGAGUAGACCUACAGCUUCGGUGAAAAUUCAUCACACAGUGGGGCAAAUCGCUGCAAAGUUUGCAGACAAGAAGCACGUAG